UUUUUUAAAUAUUCGGGCCAAACCAGUUUUGGAUCAAACCAUGAACCUGAUGAUCUUCACUUGUGGCCCAAUAGUCUCAGUAGCAAACAAUUCAUUGGUAACCCUAAAGCGAAAGAUGUAUGACUAUGGGGCCCCCUGGUGGCUUUGGCGUCCUUAGCGGAUGCCUGUUUGGCUUAUAUAUUGUUCAUAAUUGUGUUUUCUGACAUGUUGCUGUGUUUACUGAAAUGUUGUGUGUUGACUUAUGAUUUCUGAUAUGUGGUGCUUUCCAAAAUGCUGUAUAUUGUUUGGUGAAACGUUUUGUUUUCUGUAAUGCAUUGUUGUCAGAAAAGCUGUUGUGUUUUCUGAAAUGCUGACGUGCCUGCACUCCAACGGCCUCUUUUCUUAAGAGCUCGUUAACAGUGUAGCAACCUUUCAGCAGACCAACCCCAACAUCUCUCCCACAAACAAAGACCUAGACCACAAACACACUGGGUUUAGAAAGCUUAUUUUACAUGCUGAGCCGAUAGCAAUGCCAUUGAUGACAAUGCAUCAGAUGCACUUUUUGGUAAGGGACUUCUUUCAUUUCUUUUACCUGUUACUCUGAUUGUUAAUACAGUUGUUAACAAACCGUGCGCAGAGUAUUAUGAACCGGACCUGGAACAAAUCCAGAAUCUGCUGAAUUUUGCAGGACUCUAGAUCAGUUUGUGGCCGGAACUGACUUUGGAGAAACGGCGAAACCUGAUCAUACUCAAGUGACACAUUUUAAAAGCAAAUGGUUUUUGGUCAAAUCUCUGACCACUAAUAUCCAUUAGUCGUACAUUACAUAGUGCAUGGUAGAUGUAAGUGGAAGCUGUUGAUCAAUACAUUUUAGUCUGGACAGUGAACUGGGUGAGGCAGUGAACACACUGCUGGAAAAGCUGCCUGUCUCAGUUAGGAUCCUUACAGGACAGACGCGUUUCUUCAGAUGCAGGAUUCCAAGGAGACCAUGUCAGAGCUGGAGAGUAGCAUGGCCAGCAUCAUCCGAGUGUUCCACAAAUACUCGGGUGACAAGUGCAACCUGAGAAAAGCAGAGCUAAAAGCACUCAUCAACAAUGAGAUGAGUCAUUUCAUAUUGAAAAUCCAUGAGAAUGAGACCCUAGACGAGCUCUUUGCGGACCUCGACCAGAACGGAGACCUGGAGAUCGACUUCAAAGAGUUCAUCACCCUCAUCUCCAUGGUGACCUCGGCAUGCCAUGAGCUCUUCAUCCCAAGUCCUCAUGACUGA